AUGUUGGUAAGGAUGGUGAUUGGCCACCGUCCAAGCGGCCUCACAACCAACAAACACGUGAGUUUUUUUCUAACGAAGAAGUUGUUCAUCAGAUGAAAAAAAAAUUAAUUCUGCUUUAGUUAUUGAGAAAAAAAUGUUUUCACUGAAGCAUCUUUUCAGUCAUGUUGGAUGAGAGGGUGAUCUCAGGGUCAGCUCCAAGUUCUGCGCCAGAAAAAAAAUCGUGAGAACACAAUCAAUUCAUAGCUCAAUAAUCCUGUUAAAAAAAUUGUUUUUUCGAUCGCUGUUUAUAUUCAUCGCAUCGAAUUCCUUAAACUUCACUUCCGUGAUUUUGUAUUUUGUGAAACGUUGUAUCUAUAAUAACUCAGAGUUUUUGUACUUUAUCUUCUUGUCAUUCCUUUCUGUUUCAACAGAAUAAUAAAGUUUAGAAAUUUUUUUGUUUUUUUCUCUUGAAAUAAUCUGUCGUUGUAAAUCAGAAAAAAAUAAUAUUUCAUAAUGAUUUCCAAACGAAGAAUUCAAACGUCAUAAAAACAGUCCUAUUCGAAUUUAGAUUGGUUCAGAUUGCGGAAACAUCACUGCGAAACCUCUAGAUUCGUCUUCAUGCGUCGAUAUCGGCAUAGAUUCAUUCGGAAGUUUUAACAAAACAAUAGUAAGCUCUAAAGAUGUUUUUUCAUUUAUUCAACGCCCAAGACAAUUUUGAAGUAUCUGAGUUCUUUUAUGUUUCGUUUUCCAUGAUUUGUAAUUUUCGAAUCAGUAGUUCAACUGCCUCAUUUUCAUCGGGAAUGUUUUGAAAAAAUGAGAUGAUUUCUUGUAGUAAGCGCCUAUUCUGACGACAUUUGUGGAUGGAAACCACUCAGCGGCGGGAUUUCUGGCCGAGCUUCCGAUCACCAGCAGCGCCCAAUAUUCGCUACAUGGCUCAUUCUAGCGAUGUGAGUCUGAAAAUCUUUAAAUUAGCAGAAAAUGAACGAAUGUUCAACAAGUUUGCUUCUCAUUCAACGCUUGACCCUGUUUGCCAAGAAAUAAAAUUGUUUAUCAGAAAAAUUAUUUCUAAUUUUCUGUGAAGAUUUUUUCCUUUGCAGUGGUGUUUUACACAGAAAAAGAUAAGUAUCGAGUUUUGACUUCUACUCAAAAAACUGUACAGUUUUUGGUUAACCAGAUUGAAAAGUGAGAGGACCUUUUAUUUUAAGAGAGUGAAGGCAGGAUAAAAGCUAGAAUUGCCUGAGAGAAAAGGGAUGUUCGGAGCUUGUCGACUUCUGUUGCGGUGAGAUUGCUGACGUUGGGGCGGAUCUCGUCCCCGGGCUCUUCGUCCGCCUCUCCUGUAGAUCCAGAAGUUGGUUUGGCCGUUAUCGUUAGGGUGUCUGACAAUAGGUCGUGUUAAUAGGCUCGACGCAGGAUUUUGUUUCCGAACUGCGCGAGCGAUCCGUCGUAUCUGUAAUUCUUUUUUUCGCUUCGAAUGGUUACUUAAUAGGCCCCGGAUUCUCGUCUGGUGCGUCGAACGCGCUCUGUACUUAUUGCUCAUUUUCAAGAUUUUUUUCAUAUAUUUUUUUGAUACACACUCUAAUUUUUUUAAAAAGAAUGUUGCUUUUUAUCAAAAAAAUACUUUCAAUUUACCGCAAAAACUUCGCGAAUUUCUAUUUUUUUCGGAACUGCUAAAAAAAUAACUAAAAAAAGAUGGACCUUUUUUUCUUCUUGAGAUUUCUUAGCACUCUCAUAUCCAGAUAGCGCAUAUAUAGUAUCAGAAUGCACACAAUUGGUUUUUGAAAGAGCAGAGUUUACCUCGGUAUGCUUUUUUUAUUAAUUGACCACUUGAAAAACUCUAACUGAUCUUGAAUUGUUCGGUCAGCUAUUUCCGUGCAUACGCCGAGUGACCGAUAGGAAAAAGAUUAGCACUAGAAAUUGUUUUUUUCUCCAAGUCUUUGAUUGAUUUAUAUCUGCACAAAAAAAUUGUUGAUUAUAGCGGUCGUGAAAUAGUAAAGUUGGUAAUUAGACCAUGCCCCUUUCAAUAAGUCGGGCCUUUUUGGUAAUGAGAAUCACUGGACUCUUGAAUUUAUCUGGAAAAAUAUCAACUUUUUGCUUUUUGAUAUUGCAUGCGUACUCUCUCGUCUGUCUGCUUGUCUGCGCACAUUCUCCCUCGCUCACGCGACUUCUUCAUUCGCGAAGUCUGCGCUCGCAUGGAGCGGUUGCUCCUGAACUCGUACAGUUUUCCACAAAUUUCUCGGCGACGUGAGUUUUUCCUUCCAAACUGGAUUUUCAGUUCUUUCAUCAUAAAAAUGUAUUUCGCUUUGAAAGACGAUAUUUCCGGUUUGAAAAAAAUAAUAAAAAGUAAAUACUAUUUUUUUCAGUCAUCUUCGUGGGGAUGGUUAUCAACCGCCGAACAAGCGUCUCCCUAAGCAAACAAGAAAGUGAGUUUUCGCAAAAAGUUACGUUCAUUGGAUGAAAAAAACGAAAUGAGAACUUACUAUUUAAAAAAAUGAGAGAAAAAACCUGAACGUGGAAAAAAUUAAGUGGUGUUUUCAGAAAUGCUGGAUGAGAUGGUGAUGAGCCACCAACAAAGGUGCCAAGCAGAAAAAAUUGGUACAAGGAAGGCAAAGGCUCACCGGGGCUUCAGAAAUUGAACUGUGAGUUACAUUUCAAUCACUUCUCGACUUUACGAAAAAAAUGACUAAUUCAAACCUAAUUAAUUGAAAUCAAACAUUUUUCUUUCAGCCAUCUUGAACGGGAGAGUGUUGUUCGGCAUGUGGACACAAAAAAACAAGAGGUUUUUUGUUCCUUUCGCGGAAGGAUGGUUCACGCCGUUUCCUGUUCCCCCAGAAGGCAAGUCCAAUUUAUAUGGCAACAUACGUUAUAAAUUUAUGUGAUUUUCAGUCGAAAAAACCUAUGCUGAUCAGUUGCAUUAGAAAAUAUAGAUUCGAGAGAAACAAAUUUUGUAUUUUACAAUUUUUUUUAUCUGUCGUUUCAGUUUUUAUUGUUUCAGUGCAUCAAUCCUUAGAAAAGAAAAUGAAAAAGUUUAAAAGUGUACGAAAGAGAAUCCUAUAACUUCGAUUGAAAAAUAAAUUUUGUUACAUUACGGACGGAAUAGUUACAGAAAAAAUGAAUAAAAAAGUGAAUAUUUUUUUCAGGGAUCUUCGUAGGGGUGGUAAUCAGCCGCCAGUCAGAACAAAAAAAAAACGCGGUGCUGGGUUGUGGCCACGGCUUUUUCUGACGCGAUUUAUUUGCGUCUGGCGGCUAUCGCCGGUCGCACCGUCAUAACAACGAAAAAAACUGUGAGUUAAAAAAAUUUAAAUGCUUGAAAAAUUUGAACAUUACUUAUUCACAAAAACGACAAGUAGUCUGGUUUUUAGGGUUUCCUUUAUUAGUAGUAUCAUCAUUACAGUGCGGCCACUGCAGGAAUCUCGGUAUGCCUGACUGGAAGACGCACAACCGGUUCCACUGCAAGAGGCUGCAGGACCUGGCCCCCUGCAAAACUUGCGGGGCCAGCAAUCAAAACAAUCACACGGCGUCGUGA